AUGAAUCUCAGAAUUUCCGAAUCUCAGAAAAUCUCAGAAUUUCAGAAUCUCAGAAUCUCAGAAUCUCAGAAUCUCAGAAUCUUAGAAUCUCAGAAUUUCAGAAUCUCAGAAUCUCAGAAUCUCAGAAUCUCGGAAUCUCAGAAUCUCAGAAUCUCAGAAUCCCAAACUUCUUCCAGAUACAUUUCUUGUCCAUUCGGCCAAUAUUGUUGGAAUGGUAACUGUUUAUCGAGUGGUACCACAUCAAUGAUGGGAUCCAGACUGGGUUACGGUGGCGCUGGAAUGAUGCCUGGAGGUCUUGGUGCAUUAACAUCCGCCGCUGCUCUACAUGGCGGAGGAGCUGGCGUCGGUUUUCCUGGUGCUGGUUUUCAGAGUCUCAAAAUCUCAGAAAAUCUCAGAAUUUCAGAAUCUCAGAAUCUCAGAAUCUCAGAAUCUCAGAAUCUCAGAAUCUUAGAAUCCCAGAAUUUCAGAAUCUCAGAAUCUCAGAAUCUCACCUUCUAA